AGCUGGAAAGCAACACGGGCCCUGUCAUCAGGAGGCACCAAACCUGUCCGGCCGGUUUUUGUGUCUUCCACCGCCCCCCACACCUUCCCCACGCUUCUUUGGAAGUGGAAGUGGUUCAGCAGGAGGUAGACUUGCGUAGCUGAAGGUGGAGAAGCACCCAUCAGAAGUGGUCCCAAGUGCUCUUCUUGCUGUCUUCUCCUGGGCAAGCUGGACUUGGGACCUGGAAGAAGAUCUACAGGGCUAGAAAAGGUGGUUCCCCUGGUUGGGAGGAAGGAAGAAAAGGCCUUGCUGUCCCCAGGGUCCUCUACUUUGCUAGAGUAUCUGGGACGAGGCCCACUUGUGAAACGAAGCUAGUCUUGGACCCUGCUGGAGUCUGGAAUGGGACAUGUGGUCCUCGUCUUCCUGGCCCUUGCCUUUGUCCACCGAGAUUCGGUCCACUCCCAGCAAUGCUCUGCAGGAGGAAACCCUCUCUUGAUCCUCCAGUUUGCCAGUGUGGGUGCUGAUCAGCACAUUCCUACUCAACACCAAGCUCCAGGACCUCUGGAUCCCCUCUAUCACCUUGUCCACCAUUACCUGGAUGUGGUCCAACAGAACCCUUUCCCCACAGAGCUGUUGAAGGAUGUCCUGAAUGAGCCACCAACUGCUACAACUUCUGAGAUCCUUCGAUACCAGGCAGGAUAUGUUGUUUGUGUUGCAAUUGCAAUUCUCUACUUUGUGAUGGUACCCCUGGUCGGACUGAGCCUUUGCUGCUUCCAGAAAAACCAACACUACGGUGGACGGAUCAAGGCCUAUCGCCGCUCUCUGCUCUGCCAGCGGAAUCUUCUCAUGAUCUGUCUGCUCCUCACCACCCUCCUCAUCCUGGGGUGCGUUAUCUGUGCUUUUGCUGCCAAUCAGAAGGUAAAAGAGGAAGUGGACCCUGGUGCCCGAGACGCGCUCAACACCCUGAGGACGUUGAGGAACCAUCUGAAUGGGAUUCCUCGAGGACUUCGGCUGACGGUGGAACAGUUUAGAGUCCCCCAGAGGCAAAUUCUUAGUGACCUGAACAAUAUUAGCUGGAACAUCGGCAGCACCAUCCACUUUCUGCUCAAGGAAAUGGUGUAUUCUGCUAUGGCUGCCAUUAAGAGCAGAGUGCAAGACCUAGAGAGCUCUCUGCACCACUUACACGUGAUCCACAGAACUGUCCAGGCCCUGAUCCAGGAUCAGGAGGAGCUGGCGUCAGUGCUGAAGGAUCAGAAGCAAAGUCUUACUUCUCUCCUGGAAGAUCCGCAUUGCACGUACUGCAUGGGGGCCCUCAGCAGAGUUCAAAAUCUGAAGCUGGGGGCUGACUUCCAAAAGGUGCCUUCUGUUGAAAAAGUUUUGAAAAAUUUGCAUGGUCUGCCUCGGACAAAUUUCUCUGAAAUGAUUCACAAAGCCUAUAGCAGUUUCAAUGCAAUUCCACAGUUUACGGUAAUGAAAAUGGAUAAAGUUGUUCAAGAGCUGAAGAAGGACAUUGAGAAAGUUGCCCAAAAGGUCCAGUUUGUUGCAGAUGACUUCCCCAUCUCCGAUCACACCCGUCCCAUGAAUGAUGCCUUGGCGAAAGCAGAGAAUAUUAGCCGCCCUUUCCUGAAGGAGGUGAAGCAUUUUGAGAGAUACAGGUGGCUUGCAGGUAUAAUAGCAUGCACAAUUACCCUACUGAUUGUCUUCUGUAAUGUUCUGGGCCUUUCCUUUGGCACUUACGGAUUGGUUGCGCGAGAGGAUCCCAGCGACUACGAGAUCCGGGCUGAAGCUGGGGCCAAAUUUCUCAUCACAGGUGUCACCUUCAGCUUCCUCUUCUCCUGGAUUCUGAUUCUCUUGGUUGCUGGUACCUUUCUGAUUGGGGGAAACAUCCAAACGUUGGUGUGCAAACCUUGGGCCAGUCAAGAGAUUUACAGAUUCAUCGACACUCCUGGCAACCUUCCGCCUUCCAUGAAUGUCUCUCAAUACCUUGGCUUAAAGCAGAAUCUCAACCUCAUGUCUGCAUAUCAGCAGUGCAAGAAUGGCGCAGGCCUCUGGGAAGUUUUGCAACUGAAGGAGCAGUACAGCCUCAGCGAGCAUCUCAGCGUUGCCAAGUACACAACAGAGUUUCAGGAACGUCUCCGUGACGUCAACCUCCACUUUGAAGAUAUUGUUUUGUUAAAUGCCAAGGGAAGGCAGGACUUGGAGACCUUCAGAAAGAGCCAGGUGGACCUGAUCAACUAUGCUGACUUCACAGCAGAGAUGCGCAACCCUGUGGUGAGGACCAAUGUUGAAGGAUUGGCGGUAGAUCUUGAAAGGUUGAGUAACGUUCAGAGCGACAGAACUCUGGCAGAACAAUUGGUUGAGGAAGCCCUGAAGCUCAGAAGAAUCCAGAACCAAAUGGUCCUCCCAAUAGAGACCCUUGUGGCGCAACUGAAAGAAAGUCUCCAGUUUUUAGCAACCAUGUCACCUAGCUUCCAGGCCCAAUUCAACAAUACCGAGUCCCAGAUCACCUCUGUGGAGGCCAUUCUCCCCUUACAGACCCAGAAGAUCCUCAGACAGGAGUUGGACUGCUUUGUAAGGAAAGAGUUGGGAUACAUCUCCCAGUACCUGGACUGGAUGAGGACCACGCUGACUGAGGAUGUUGCUUCCUGCCAGCCUUUUUCCACCGCGCUGGACAAUGGCUGGGUGAUCUUGUGCAAUCGCAUCGUGGAUCCUUGGAAUGCCUUUUGGUUCAGCUUGGGAGGGUGCGCCUUCUUCCUUCUUUGUGGUAUGUUUUUCGCCCUCAAGAUGAUGAAGCAUUUUCGACCAAUUCGGCACAAAUUAGUUUCUACUGGAUCAGAUGAAACGUUUUCCUUCCACAUCCCACGAGUCACGUCUCUGCGACUGUAAACCUCCACCCCCCCCCACCCCCGCCCCAGGAUGACCACCUGCUGAGGGGGCCCGAGGGUUGCUACUCGCAGGAGGUGCUCUUCGCUCCAUCUUCCCAAAAGCAUCCUCCUUCCAGAACUGCAGAACUGUCAGCGCGCUGAGGACAGGACUGUUUCCAGGAGAGCUUUGCCAACCUCCACCUCCCAAUGACCCUUGCUGAAAUUGGAAAAAAAAGUUUCUGGUUAACGAUGCUCCAAACACAUGUUGAAACUGAAGUUGGAAUGGCCCCAAGAUUUGUAAAAACAAAAAACAAAAAAACCUGGCUAUUGGGACCUAAAUGCUACUCAUCUCCCAGCACCAUUAUGUUUUGUUUUUUUUAAAUUGAUACAGGAAGUCCUUGACUUACAACCACAACUGAGCCCAAAAUUUCUGUUUCUAAGCAAGAGAGUUAUGUGAAUUUGCCCCAUUUUACGUCCUUUCUUUCCACAAUUGUUAAGUGACCCCUCACUUGCAGGAGAGUGAGUAAAAUUGUGGAUGAUGACCAUUCUGAUCCAGUUCCUCCUGGUUUGGAUGCACUCCUGAGUAAAUCCAGGUUUUAUGUGGCAGGAUUAGAACGAUCAACAGGACAGGGGAGGCAUCUCAAAUUACUAAAAGCUCUUUAGGCACCUAGCAGGCCUUUUCUUUUAAGAGGUGAAGUGUCCCCAGAGGGUCUCCAAGUUGUAAUUGCAGGGAGAUAGGGCUGCCCAAAUCAGGAAGAGUCAUCAGUGACAUCCAACUUGUUCUGUUCAGCUGAAAGCAGUUUGAGACUUUAGGGAUGCAAUUUAUUUCUGAAACUCUGAGCGGAAGAGUCAGAGCUAGUCUUGUUACUGCAGGGAACAAGCUUUCUCUCUGCCGUGACCUCACUCCUAGGCGGGAGAGGAAUUAGAUAAAUUUGCUCCAAGUGCAAACAUAUAACUGAUUAUAUUCCCAGACUGGCACCCAAAUUGAAAAUAGAACAGUCAUUUAAAAUGUGCAGCCCUCCAAAUAUUGCAAUGCGCUCUCUCAAUAAUCUAUUUUAAAAGCGUAUCGGGGAAAGUGUGUAUAUUCACAGAUCUGAUGUGUUACGAGUUAUUGCAAUAUGGAAAAUAAUUUGCAAAAACUGUAUGUUAAACAAUCUUGCAGAGAAAGAAACAUAUAUUUGAAGAAAUAUAUAUCAAACUGGAGGCAGGUUGGGGGCAAAAAGAACUGGAUAUGGCUGCAAAAAUUAAAAAACGAGAUAAAAUGAG